GGCAGUAGCGCUGGCAGAACCACAGAAAUAUCGCACCCGCAGGCCGCAACCGCCCCGCCGCGCCUCCGCUCCGCAUUGCUGCGCUAGGGUUUCAGACCCCUCUCAUCCUCCGGUCCUCCCCAUUCUCCAUCCAAAAGGCAGCCGCCCGCUAGGGUUUUAGCCGCCUCCUCCUUCCCUCCCCUGUCCCCUCAACGCUUCCCCCCUCCACGCCUCCUCGACAGCCGCUGCCACCCGGAGCCUUCUCGCAGCGACGCCAUGUGGGCUCUCCGCCGAGCUGGCACCCCCCUCAGGUUCCACGCUCAAAAAGCUGUGAGUGCCCGUGGUUGCGCUAGUCUUGAGGUGCUGCUAACUGCCGAUGCAAAGAAUGUAGAAGAGCAUCAUGAUGCAGACUGUCAGAAAGCGUGCUGCUGUCAUAAGCCAAAGCCACCAGCCUUCCAAUUGUCAUUUUCAUCUGGCCAGUUUGCUUGGAGUAGGGGUUUCUCCUCUCAGCCAGGUGAAAAUUCUGGUGACAAGGAUGAUGAGUUAGAGGACGGAUUUUCUGAUCUCGAGGUUCCACCAGAAGCUGGUAAAACGGAUGCUGGGUUGACAUCUGAAGAUAGUUCUGAUGAGGACGCCGCUGAUGAAUUUGGCUUGGAUGAUGUGGAUGCUGAUGCAAAGCCUGAGAAGGAGUACAUUAAAAGGACCUCUGGUUCCAUCCUCCUCAAGACUGUGUUGGAAGCUCCGAGGCAUCAACUCACUUCAGUGCUUGAGAAAUGGAGAAAGGAUGGCAAUGCAUUGGAUAGGAGUGAACUCUAUUUUGUCCUCAUUCAACUUCGAAAGCGGAAGUGGUACAACAAAGCCUUGGAGCUUGUUGAAUGGGUUCAAAAAUUACAGCUGUUCGAACUUGAAGAGCGUGAUUUCGCUGCACGCGUUGAUUUAACAGCCAAGGUCUAUGGUCUUCAUAAAGCAGAACAGUAUAUUGAGAAAAUUCCUGCAUCUCAUAGGGGUGAGGUUGUGUAUAGAACACUUUUGGCCAAUUGUGUUGCUACAGACAAUGUAAAAAAAUCAGAGGAAGUUUUUAAUAGGAUGAAGGAUCUUGGAUUUCCGCCUACAACAUUUUCUUUCAAUCAGCUUCUGCUACUCUACAAAAGGUUGGACAAGAAGAAGAUUGCCGAUGUUCUCACAAUGAUGGAAAAGGAGGAUGUGAAACCAUCUCUGUUUACUUACAAGCUCCUUGUAGAUGCCAAGGGAUUGGUUGGAGAUAUAGAAGCCAUGGAGAAAGUGGUUGAAUCAAUGGAGAAAGAUGGCAUUGAGCCAGAUCUCAUGUUUAAUGCUACAAUUGCCAGGCACUACAUAUUUAAUGGUCAGCGUGAGAAAGCAGAGACACUUUUGGAGUCAAUGGAGGGUGAUGAUAUCCAGAAAAAUCGUUUUGCUUGCAAGAUUCUAUUACCUUUACAUGCUUUUCUGGGCAAUAGUGAUGAUGUGGAAAGAAUUUGGAAGGUGUGUGAGGAUAAUACUCGCCUAGAUGAGUGCAAGUCUGCUAUAGAGGCCUUUGGUAAGCUUGGUAAUGUUGAAAAGGCAGAGAAGGUUUUCGAGGAUAUGCUUGUGAAAUGGAAAACACUCUCUCCCAAAUUCUACAACACUUUGCUAAAGGUGUAUGCUGAUCAGAACCUCUUAGACAAAGGUAAGGAACUAGCAAAGCGGAUGGAUGAGAACCAUGUCAGGUUUGGCACCCAAACUUUGGAUGCGCUUGUGAAGCUAUAUGUUGACGCCGGAGAGGUGGAGAAAGCUGAGUCCCUAUUGCACAAGCUAUCUCUGAAGAACUACAUCAAGCCUAAUUACAGCUCGUACAUGAAGCUGCUUGAUAGCUACUCAAAGAAAGGAGACAUCCACAACGCAGAGAAAGUGUUCAACAAGUUGCGGCAGAUCGGCUACACUGGGAGGAUCAGGAUGUACCAGUUGCUUCUCCAUUCUUAUCUACAUGCUAAGGCCCCUGCUUAUGGGUUCAAAGAGAGGAUGAAGGCUGACAACAUUUUCCCCAACGGUGCCGUGGCAACUUUGAUUGCGGCUACUGAUCCGUUUGUCAAGAAGAAGUCAAUAUCAGAUUUGCUCGAUUAGAUACUGGAGUAGUGUGAGAUCCAUCAUGUUGCCAUGCAACGCAUGUGCUGUUUUUGGCAUUCUGCUAAAGAAUAUGGUGAGAGAAUAACGCCCUAGUCUUGUAAUGAACUACUAGUGUCUGUUUGCAUUUGGACUGCGCUUUGCUGAACUUCUGCGUCAUAGAAAUUUGAUAAAAGUGCCCUAGAAAUCCUGUUAACUUUUUUUUUGUUAUCCAUUUCAUUGAUCCAAUAGAAUCAAGAUGAUCCUUUGGCA